AUGGCGGAAACAAAUCAAGUGGAAAUAGCAGAAGAAUCACAAACUACAGAUGUAGAAACUAAGCUGAAAGAGCGAAAGAUAUCAUGGGCAAACCUGCGUCGCGUCGACUCGCUCAAUUUGGAGGCUGGAAGAGUUUCCAUGUCGCACGGCCACACCGCUAAGAUCGAUUGGAUGAGGACGUUGAGCUUGGCAUUUCAAAGCAUUGGAGUGGUGUAUGGAGACAUAGGAACCUCUCCACUUUACGUAUACGCAAGCACUUUCACCGACGGUACUAUUCACAAAAACGAGGACCUUCUUGGGGUAUUCUCCCUAAUCAUCUAUACCAUAGUGCUCGUGCCAAUGAUUAAGUACGUCUUCAUCGUGCUCAGAGCCAACGAUCAUGGUGAUGGUGGAACAUUUGCACUCUAUUCAUUGAUAUGCCGAUAUGCAAAGGUGAGCUUAAUUCCAAAUGACCAGCCAGAGGACAGCCAACUAUCCAACUACAAGCUUGACACGCCAUCCAAUCAGUUGUGGCGGGCUCAAGUGAUUAAAGAGAAGAUGGAAAGUAGUAAAACCAUUAAAAUCAUACUUUUCCUAGUAACCAUUCUGGGAACUUCCAUGGUCAUUGGAGAUGGCGUUCUGACUCCAUGCAUUUCAGUUCUUUCAGCAGUUAGUGGGAUCAAGUCUCUUGGUGAAGAUACCGUUGUGGGUAUUUCGAUUGCAAUCUUGAUUGUCCUAUUCACUGUUCAGCGUUUUGGAACUGACAAAGUGGGCUUUGCUUUCGCCCCCGUUAUCUUCUUGUGGUUUUCAUUCAUUGGUGGAAUUGGUCUUUUCAAUUUGUUCAAACAUGAUCUUGGUGUAUUACGUGCCUUCAACCCAAAAUAUAUAAUCGAUUACUUCAAAAGAAAUGGCAAGCAAGGAUGGAUUUCACUUGGUGGAGUGGUUCUAUGCAUUACAGGGACUGAAGCUAUGUUUGCUGAUCUGGGUCACUUUAGCGUCCGUGCAAUUCAAAUUAGUUUUUCCAGCAUAGUGUUUCCUGCAUUACUAGCUGCAUAUGGUGGGCAAGCAGCAUACCUUACCAAAUUUCCGAAUGACGUGUCUGAUACCUUCUACAAGUCCACGCCAGAUCCAUUAUAUUGGCCAAUGUUUGUUAUUGCUGUUGCUGCUGCAAUUAUUGCUAGCCAAGCCAUGAUAUCAGGAGCAUUUGCAAUAGUUUCUCAAUCGCUGUCUCUCAAUUGUUUUCCCAGGGUUAAGAUUGUUCACACUUCUGCUAAGUAUGAGGGUCAGGUUUACAUACCUGAGGUCAACUACAUGCUUAUGGUUGCUUGUGUAAUCGUCACUUUGGCAUUCAGGACAACUGAAAAGAUCGGGCAUGCCUAUGGUAAGCAACCAGGAAAUUCAAUUUCAGCGGCUCAAUUUGGUGGGUACCUUCCACUAGCAUUAUCUUUGUUCUUGAUGAUGGCCAUGGCGAUAUGGCAUUAUGUGCACAGAGAAAGGUACAUAUACGAGCUUAGAAACAAGGUCUCUAGCGAAUAUAUCAGACAACUGGCGGCAAAGGCAAAUAUGAACCAGCUACCAGGAAUAGGACUUUUGUACUCUGAGCUUGUGCAGGGCAUUCCUCCAAUAUUCCCUCACUUCAUUUCCAACAUACCUUCCACGCAUUCAGUUCUAGUGUUUGUUUCAAUUAAGUCUAUUCCAAUAAGUAAAGUGGCACUGGAGGAGCGAUUUCUGUUCCGACAGAUUGAGCCGAAAGAGUUCCGUAUGUUCCGUUGUGUAGUGAGGUAUGGAUACAAAGAUGCGACAGAGGAUCCCCAUGAGUUCGAAAGGCAGUUGGUCGAACACUUGAAAGAAUUCAUCCGCCAUGAAUACUUCAUUAAUGGAGGGGGCAACAUUGAAUCAACAUUUGAACCAGAGAACUUCCAACAUUCCACUCUACCUGUAGAGAAGGAUGGAAAAGGAAAACGAUCAACAACAGUUCAUGUUGAGGAAUCACUACAACAGCCUAAUCAGUCAUUCAGAGCACCUCGUGUUUCAUCAGGUUCCAUCCAGUCCAUCGGCACGGGAAUCAAGUCUUCAAAUUCUUCUGCUGGGAUCGCAUCUGCCCCGGUCGCUAAAGGUGCUGAAGAAGAGAUCCAGUUCGUACAAAAGGCCAUGGAGAAAGGUGUGGUUUAUCUGCUAGGAGAAACAGAAGUGGUGGCAGAACCAAAAUCAUCCUGGUUCAAGAGACUAGUUGUUAACCACGGGUAUUCUUUCCUGCGGAAGAACUUCAGAGAAGGGGAGAAAUUUUUGGCAAUCCCACGAGCAAGGCUCCUCAGGUCUUUUAUCAAAGUCGAUUGCUGGAUUUUCUCAAAUUUCUUUGUCACCUUUUGUAAAUACAAUGUUAAUUAUGUGGCAUCAAGAAACUUCAAAACCAUUCUUAUCAUUCCCUCUAACCUCUCCUCCAACAUCCCCUCCUCUCUUCACCAUCCACUUCUUGAAAUAGCUGAAUUACCCUCUUCUCCGCCACCUUUGCAGCAGCCAGGACCCGACCCGCGUUUCCCUUCCCAUAAGCACCACAACCAGAUGGCACAAGGCCUUGAAAACCUCAUUUCAACUCGGUCACAGUAUCCGGAGUCAAGACUACCCGUUUGCGUUGUUGUUGAUGUAAUGAUGGACUGGACUCUUGAAAUUUUUGAAAAGUUUGAGGUUCCAACCAUUGGGUUUUUUACAUCUGGUGCUUGCUCAGCAGCCAUGGAGUACGCGAUGUGGAAGAUGACCCGGCAUCUUGAUGGACCUGCCGAACGCGCCCAAAGGCGGGGGCGGAUUCUGAUUCUUGAAGAUUUCGAAGAAGAUGAACAGUUCCAUAGCGCCGGUGCCUCGCAGUCCUCUAUUGGCAGUCCCAAUCCUACUGAAAACUGUGACCCAGAUGCAGAGGUUGUAGCAUUAUCACCGAGGACUUUAAUGGCAACGAAUAGGUACAUUUGUGAGGUGUGUCAUAAAGGAUUCCAGAGAGAUCAGAAUCUUCAGCUUCACAGGAGAGGACACAACUUGCCCUGGAAACUCAAGCAAAGGCAGAACACACAGGUUAAGAAGAGGGUGUAUAUUUGCCCUGAGCCAACUUGUGUCCAUCAUGAUCCAAGUCGGGCUCUCGGUGACUUAACUGGCAUAAAGAAGCAUUUCUGCAGAAAGCAUGGAGAGAAGAAAUGGAAGUGUGACAAGUGCUCAAAAAGGUAUGCUGUUCAAUCAGACUGGAAGGCACACGCCAAGAUAUGUGGAACCCGAGAGUAUCGUUGUGAUUGCGGUACAAUUUUCUCAAGGAAGGACAGCUUCGUCACACACAGAGCCUUCUGUGAUGCUUUGGCAGAGGAGAAUUACAAAGUGAACCAGAAUCUGGUUGCCACAGGAGGAAUGUUACAGAACCAAGCACAGGAGCUUUUCAGUUCAUCAAUGCCCAGCUCUGACGCUUGCUCAAAUAAAAGCUCGGUAAUGAAUCUCACGAUUUCUGGCGAGAACUCUGACAGUGCAUUGAGACCAUUAUCUUUGAACUCAUCUGGGAUGAUGAUGUCAAGUAAUUUAAAUCCAAGAACUUCGCUGCCACUGGCUUGUUUUAGCUCUUUAGACGGAUCAAACACUUCUCCUAUGGCAAUUGGCUCUAAUUAUACGUCAGCAACAGCCCUGUUACAAAAGGCUGCAGUAAUGGGUGCAAACAUCAGCGACAACUCAAUUGCCCCAAUACUCCUUAAAGGAUUUACUGGAUAUUCUACAACCAGCAUGAACUCAUCUGGGUCAGUCCCAGAGGGUUCUUCAAUAGUUGGUAGCAACAUAGGACCACAUGCUGCAGAUAUGAACGGUAUUUAUUUGGGAGAUACAGACAUGUUUGAUAAGAACUUGGAUCCAGGAUAUCCAAGAAAUUCAGUUUCUCGAACUGGGUUGUUUGAAUCUCCUCUCCUUACGGACACAGAAAAUGAAAAUGCUCCUCGUGCACAGUCCAGAGAAGCGUACGGGGAGGCAGCCAAAAAAUGA